AUGGCUUCUCAUUCCGGCAGAACAACCAUAACAUCGCCAGAGCACCACCCGCCGACGAAAGCGACGGUGAUAUUCAGCUUCCGGCUUCACGGGCAUCGCGCCUUCAUUGCAGUCAUCGUACUGUUCUGCAAGUACCGCGUCCGCGGCCGAGCGCCGGUCACUGCCGCCGUGGCAGCAGGCAACAGUCCGGGGGAGCGCCGCGCCGGCGUGGACAUCGCCAAGCUGCCGGGGUUCGCGUACAACAAGUCUGCAAGGAGGAGCUACAUCAAGCCCCUACUCGCACCGCACGAUUCAGUGUGUUCGUGUGUUGACGUGCGGCGGCUGCCCCUGUGCAAGAACCUGUACCACGUGAAGUGCAUCGACAUGUGUCUGGCUUCGCACACGACGUGCCCUCUCUGCCGGGCGGACGUCGAGCCGCCGGAGGAAGAAGACCCGGCGGCCGCGCCGGCGGAGCCGCAGCAGGAGCUGCCGGUGUAG